AGAACAUUUACGAGAAAAGAAAGCGUUGUCGCGCAUAUGUGUUAUUUUAUACAACACGAAUUCUAUUGUUAUCGCCCCUACCUGGCACGACCGGAUCCUCGCCGCUAGUUAUGCAAUGUAUAGAUUAUAUUUUGCCUUGUUUCACUUUGUAGCCUCGUCACCUUCGUGUCUAUGUGCCAUCUUUAAACAGUCACUACAAGAACGUCAUUAUAACCGAAUAAGACGUUAUUUUUUUUUUUUUUUCAUUUUUUAUAACCGAACGAGAACGAAUUAACUCGUGAAUUUGUUUUAUAACUUUCGUACUUACGUAUCCUAAUAAAUUUAGGGUUUAAUUUGAACGUGUCGGUAAAUUCAUGUUAAACAAAAAAAAUUGAUUAUCGAUGAUUUAUUUUACGAUUUUAAAAUCAAAACAAACGAGGAGUAAUUAAUUAACAUAAGAAAUGGGGAAAUAGUAGUCUAAUAAAAGAUCGUAAAAGAGAUUGAUUUAUUUUCGAAUCGAUUGAUCGAGAUGGAAAGCAAGUUGUUCGUUAACGACGAAUAAGAAUAGGCAUUCUAACCCGAGGUAUGUUGAAAAUAAACGUAAAACGGUGAGCGGGUGGUCGGGGUAAAGAAGAUAAGAGGGUGUGGUCGAGGAUCGGCGAUCUCUCACAAUCAGUGGCACUUAAUUGGGAUGCGCGACGCGGUUUGUGUCACGGCGCGGCACCGACCGGUCACGCACUCGAAUCGAUUACAUCUACGACAAACGAAUCUACGAGCGUGCUCUCCUACGUGUUCUUUUCCAUUCUUAUAAUAAGACUAACGAAAUAAGAAAGAGAGAAAUGGACAGAGAAAGAAAGAGAGAGAGAAAGGAAGACGUAUAGGACAUAAAUAUAUGUGUACGUAACAUGUAAUUAUAAUGCAGUAGUGCGAGCUUGUAAUUUGAAAUUUAUGAAUACUUUUAAACUCAUCUACCUAACGCAUUUUAAUUAUUUUAUCAUAAGUUCUUAACAAUUUAAAGUAGUCAAAGAUUAUAAGGAUCAAAUUGGAUCGUUCGUUUGAUCCUAAUUAUUAAAAUGUGACUGAACUAGGUUGUACCUUGCUUCGUAUGUUUUUAAUUUGAUUCAUUUACAAAUUGAAUAUUAAUUUAUUAACAAUAUAUUUUUUGGAGGAUUAUGAAUAUUCGUAAAUUAAUAACAAUUAUUUUCAUUAACUUAUCUAUGCAUAGAUACUUGUAUUUUGUAUAUGUGCACGUUACAUUAAAUACAAGAAUCUACUAACAACAACAACAACAACAACGACGACGAUGAUGCAGUUGCUUGGUGCAACUCGGCUUUGAGGUUAUCCGCAAGGACAUCCACAUAACUCAUGCUCGGUGUUAACUCAAGCUGAUCGACUUGCGUCGAUUCGAAAGUGCAAGGCGAAUCGCUUCUACCUUCUCAAUUCCCUCGCCCUCGCUAUUUUCAUUAAACUUAAACCAUUCAUUCAAGUUACGUGUCUUAAUCCGUCAACGUAAUUAUGACGACUCAAUAUAUUUGAGGAUUAUUUUUAAAAUUAUUUCAUCAUCUCGAUAAAAUCCUACGUAAUAAGAAAAAAACGAAAUAUCUUUAAUGAAUCAUUAAUUAACGAAAGUAUAAAUAAUUGGCCAUUAUAAUAAAUCGUAGAAAUAAUACGUGAUCGUUAAACAACUUAUACUUUUCCUGAUAUCGAAUUAAACAAUAUUACAACUCAUUUUUGAUCAUCCAGUCAGAAAAUGAAAGAAAUUAUUAUGCGACUGCGAUUAUAUUACGAAAUUAUGCAUAAAUUCACGUACGAAUAAGUCAAAAUUGUUGGAUGGAAAGAAUACUGUAAUAUUCUUUUAGUCAUCGCUCUGAUAAAAUUAUCAUUUAUUUUGCAUGUCUCUUAGUAUUUCUUUUGUUUUCUUUGGAAAAUAAAAGGAAAACCUGUUUGACAAGAAGCGUGAUCUGUAAAAAUAAAAAUAAAAAACUAAUUAUUUAUUCUAAUUACUUUCAUUCAUUCUUUUAUUCACGACUUUAGGACAAAUAACAUCGGUCUAUAAUGAUUAAUAAAUUCAUUCGAAAAAAAAAGAAAAAAUGAGAAUACUAAAUAAAGGAAAAGUCGUCUGGUUUGUGCUAAUUUACAAAACAAAAUAAACAAAACAAAGGAUUAACUUGAAUGUUCAAAAUAGAAAAUAAUACUGUGCAUUUUAGAAGAGGAAAUUUAUCAAGGUAAGCCGCUGAAGUUGAACUUAAUGACAUCAGGCUUUGUUCAAAAACGACUCUGACAGGUUUGACGUCACGUGUAAGAUAUUAACUUGACAUACUCACGAAGAAUAAAAGAUAAAGCACGUUCGAUCGGUUUCGAUCAUUAUGAUUUUUACGAGAACUUUCGAAGCGCAUAUAAGAAUGCAGUACGUAGUUAGGCAUGUAGUAAAAGGUAUGUUUUAAUCGUUAAUAAAUAAUAAUAAUAAAAAAAAGGUAGUUUUACAAUUUGUAUCCCCAUUAAAGUAACAACGAACAUUUUCCAAAAUAUUUUAUUUUUACGUGUUCGAGAAACAUGUGUUGCUGUAACCAUGUGUAGUGAUCGCAUUGUUUCAUAUUUUUAUUUGAUUUUUUUUACUCCAAUACAGAGGAUAACACAUUUGAGGGAUGAUAUUUAUUGUUGGUCAUAGAAAAUUCGGAUAAACUUAUUGUUUCUGUAGUAGAUAGAAGGCUUAAUGCGAACAAUAGCAACAACAAGUGAUCUGGCAAUUAAGUUGGCACAGGAAGUUCUAUACGUCAGCAUAUAGUCAGAAUAGUAUUCUCUCCCUCUCUCUCUCUCUCUCUCUCUCUGUGGUAUAUUAUAAAGAGCGACGUGUACGUGCAAACGAUGUAGUGACGGAGACGUAUUGCCAUAAUCUCUGCACGCAUCGGUGUAUUCUAUUCUAUGAAAGGUAGGAGAAAAUUGCAUAAAUAUAAUCAAUGUUUGAACGAGGAUGAAUCGCCGAGGUAGUUACCGAGACUCUUACGUGCUGUACUACGAUUAUAAUUGUACGCACUCGUGCAGAUCGUUUUCAUCAAGUAGAUACUACCGGUAGCGAGAAAUAGUCGAUGUUGUUCUCGAUCGCGAUAGAAAAUAGUAAACGGUAUAUCUUUAAACCAAUGCAAAGUUAGUUUUUCGAUCGGUUAGGUACAACUCGUUGUAUAUACCGCAUAUAUCAUUUGUCAUUAUCGGAUAAUCACCUUGGAAGUCAUACACAAUUCAUAGGUGAGUCACGCAUGAAUUUUCAUCAUUUUUAUGAGUCGAUAAUAAUGGUCGGCGCAUUUCGACGUUGUUAAAAAAGCUUUGCUUACCUAGAUCGUCUUGAACGACUACGAUAAGAAAUAUUUCUUUACACGUAUACACAACAAUCAUUGUACUAUUUCAAUUUUGCAACAACGAUAAAUAAUUUAUACGAAAAAAAAAGAAAAACAGAAAUAAAAUAUUAAAAAGAUAUUCGUUAUUAUUUCGCAGGUAGCCGAAACGUAAAAUGGUGGCUUCGCAGAAUGACGGGGGAAGAAGUGUGGGCGGCGGGGGUGAAAGCGAAACCGUUUACACGGUGACGGUGAGUGGUGUGGGUUACAGAAACGAAGGAUACAAGGACGAUGGUAACGACUGUAUACCACCGGAACCACAAAAACCACCGCAGUUACCACCACCGGAAGAUGAUACGCAAUCAAGGAGAUUUAGACUUUCCCGGGAUGAGAAGUGGCGAAUUUUGAAGAACAUUGGAACAGUCUCGGUAGCGUUUAUGGUGCAAUUUACUGCGUUCCAAGGGACAGCUAAUCUUCAAUCGUCGAUAAAUGCGAGCGACGGUCUCGGAACUGUUUCCCUUUCGGCGAUUUACGCAGCCCUCGUGCUAUCUUGCAUUUUCGUACCGACAUUUCUCAUCAAGAGGUUAACCGUUAAAUGGACGCUAUGCUUGUCGAUGCUUUGUUACGCGCCAUACAUCGGUUCACAAUUUUAUCCAAGAUUCUACACCCUAGUGCCGGCUGGGGUCUUGCUCGGUCUCGGUGCUGCACCAAUGUGGGCAGCAAAAGCAACAUAUCUGACACAAGUCGGUGGUGUUUAUGCGAAACUCACAGAUCAACCGGUCGAUGCAAUCGUCGUCAGAUUUUUUGGAUUCUUCUUUCUUGCAUGGCAAACUGCUGAACUAUGGGGAAAUCUCAUAUCUUCACUCGUACUGAGUGAGGGAGAAUUUGGCAGCAGUGGUGGCAACAGUACAACCAGUUGGAAUAAAAUCAAAUUAUGUGGUGCUGAAUUUUGCGUAUUCGGCAAUGGGGCACACGAAAACUUGGAGAGACCACCAGAAUCAGAGAUUUACAAAAUCUCAUCGAUUUACUUGACUUGCGUCAUCGUCGCAGUAAUCAUCGUCGCACUUUUCGUCGAUCCUUUAUCAAGAUACGGGGAAAAGCAAAGACGUGCCGAUAGUCAAGAACUCAGUGGUAUUCAAUUACUUUCGGCGACCGCUUAUCAACUAAAGAAACCUUAUCAACAGUUACUUAUACCCAUCACGGUAUGGAUCGGCAUGGAGCAGGCCUUCAUCGGUGCCGAUUUUACUCAGGCAUACAUCUCUUGCGUUCUGGGCGUUCACAAAGUGGGAUACGUGAUGAUAUGUUUUGGAGUGGUAAACGCAGGUUGUUCCUUGUUAUUCGGUUCUCUCAUGAAAUUCGUAGGAAGACAGCCAUUGAUGGCACUUGGUGCCAUCGUUCACGCCUGUCUAAUAGUUGUGUUGCUUCUUUGGAAACCACGCCCGGAUAACCCUUACAUUUUUUAUUCGGUUUCCGGUCUUUGGGGAGUCGGAGAUGCUGUCUGGCAAACGCAAGUUAACGGUCUGUACGGUACUCUCUUCAGGCGCAACAAGGAGGCCGCGUUUUCGAAUUAUAGGCUAUGGGAAAGCGCAGGAUUCGUGAUCGCAUACGCUUAUAGUACGCAUUUAUGCGCCCGCAUGAAGCUUUACGUACUAUUGACCGUUUUGAUGAUUGGAACGAUGGGAUACAUAAUCGUCGAACUUUUGCACAGGCGUAAGCAAAGAAGGUUGAAGGCUAUUGCCGAGGAUCCAAAAGCUGCGCAAGCGGAAGCCAAUCAACCGGAAGAGACAGACGACGAGAAGGACGAUCUAGAUGACGACAUAAUCAUCACGCAUCUUUGAACAAUCGACAGAUCGAUUCGCUGAGCUUCGAUGACGCGAAGGAAAAGGAAAAAAAAGGUGUGGUGGGGGAGGAGAGGGGCGGCAGGUUUUUUAGCCUUUUAUCGCGUUCUCAACGGGGCUGAGAGGGGACAAUAGAUUAUUUCGAACAAUUUAGUGGACGAUCUCGAGUGAUUUCGAGUAAACCACAUUUCUCCUUCUUUCCUUUCUUCCUAUUCUCCUUUGUUUUUAUUUUCUUCAUUUUAAAUUAAAUUUAAUCUUCUUUCCUCUUCCUCUUCCUCUUCUUCUUCUUCUUUUUCUUCUUAUCUCAAUUUUAAAUACCAAUCCUUUCUCCUCAUCUUUUUGCGAUGAAAUCCGAGAAACGAAGUGAAAAGGUAUACGCAUGAAAAAAAAAAAGAAAGAAAAAUAAUAAAAAGAAAAAAGAAACGUAAAUCAUUAGACACGUAAAGAUGGUCUUUCGCGAUGAAACGGAAGUACCAAUCUUCGUGAGCUACUCUUGGUUGUUCGCGUUUAAAUAGAGUUCGGGAUAGGAACGAUGCCGUCCAUUUAUCUUUCCCAUUGAAUCACUUUGUUGUCUGUUAAUCGAUAAGGUAAAGAUGCACUCUAUUUUUUUUUUUUUUUAACAAAUCUAAACUAAAUCUAGUUAAUCGAAUUUUUCUCUAAAAUAAUUUCUUCGAUGGUAGAUGAAUGAAAGAAAUCCAAGAAUAUUGAUCGCUGCGAAAGAAAGUAAAAAGUUAAUAAAAUAUUCUCCGAAUUUGUAAUCAUUUGAAAAUAAUAAUCGAACAUCAUAAAAAUUUAUUGAAAACAGAAAAAAAGAAACUUUUGUGAUGACCUAAUAUAUAAACAUAGGCGUGUCUACUCAUUUGUUUCGGUAAUUAAGACAAUGAACUUGAGUCGAAAAAAUAGUAAUAAUGAAUUUUACGAUUUAUUCAAUAUAUUACUAAUAUUUAUAAAAUAAAUCGUAAAAUAAAUCAUUCGCAUAUUUGUUUUUUUUUUCUGACUAAUAUAAGUCCGACUAUCAUAAUUACUGGUCAUAUUUAGAUACCAUUGGCAAGAUAAAAAUGGUCUUUAGCGAAGAUGAGUAGUAUUUUCUAGAUAAAUAGGAACGUUCGUUCUGCCAGUUUUUCAUUAAAAAAAAAAAAAAAAUAAAUAAAUAAAUAAAUAAAAAAGAAGGAAAAUCCCGUAGAGGAAACUUGCGACAAUCCUGUCUUAUGGCGACGAUAAUUCCCUAUAUAGACUACUACCGUCGUACCUAUUUAUAGGUAUCGCUAACUACUUAUCCGUCCGAUGUGCGGAGAACCGACGCCGGUCCGGUCCAGUCCGGUCCGGUCAACAUACGCCGGUCUCCAAACGAAUAUCUUCUUCAUCCUUCUCUUUCUUCUUCUUCUUUGCUCCUCUUUCCAAACGGCUGAUGGAUACUCAGCCUCGUCUAAACCCGUUCCAUCCGAGUAUAGUCAAAGAAAGAAAGAAAAAGAUAAAGAGAGAGAGAGAGAGAGAAAAUAUGCAAUUUUCUUACCGACGAUCGUCAGAGUUUAAAUUCCGCGAGUCUCUUCCAACUAAAGGGGAGACUCCUCUUCUCUUCGGUGCAUCCUUCUAAAGGGAUAUCUUAGGUCUUUUUUUUAAACGUCUGGCGCGAGACAAGGAUUAUUUUUAGAGUCCGGUUGUGUACACCGACGACUGCACAGGAGGAGUCACGCUAUCGUUCGUUCCUUCAUUCCUUCCUUCGUUCCUUCUUUCCUUCUUUCCUUCGAUCGUUCGUUCGUUCGUUAUUCAACGAUGGAAGGCAAUCGUUUAUCUUCAUCCGUAUCCGAUCGCCAUAAUUUCUCUCGUCUCGGAGGUCAGGAACCUUUCUGAGUAUAUUCCAAGGUAGGAAAAUGUUCUCAAAGUACAACCUCAUCCCAUUCAUCUCGUUAGCAUCCUAUCGUCAUUCUUAGGAGCGCUCUUCUCUUCCUCCAUCUUGUCAUAAAACAAAUCAAUCUCCAAUGUUUUCAUUCGAAACAAUUCUUUCGUAAAAACUUCAAUGCUUUUUGCUGAUGUUUUACACGAAUCUCUUCAGUAUUUGAAUAUUAGAUUUAUUGUUAUUUCCCAAUUACAUAUCUUUGACAUUAUUUCUUGUAUUUAUUACAUGCUACUUGCGAGAUCAACAUUUUCUCGAAGAAGAAAAAUA